UGACCACGCCGGGUUGGUUUACGCUUAAAUAUAAACUCAAAGUCAGCGGUUUCUUUUUCAACACGAUUGAAUUAACUAAGUUCAGUUCGGUGCGGUACUCAGCCCAAUUCGGUUCUUUAAUAUCAUUCGGUAUCUUUAUAUACAUAAGUCAUGGGCAAAUAUUGGGCCUUAUUGUGCAUGUUUUUAUCGGUUAAUGUUGCUACUUUAGCUUCGAGACCGUGUAGUAAAGAACUUUCUAUUAACAUAAGUGCUGGUGUUUUUGAUGAUAAAACAAACAAAAUCAUUUUUGAUAAUUUAACAUUUCCGAAAGAAUUAACUUAUUACGAAGAUAAUUCGGUUUAUGGUUGCGUUUGUGACGUUACAGUUUGCGUGAGAAAAUGUUGUGAUGUUGGUAAAGUUAUCGUUUCAAACGAAACUGAUAGCAUGAGUUGUGAAGAAAGUGAUGAUCCGUUAAAUAUUAAUAACACAUUCAAAUACAUUUAUUAUAAAGAUGAUACAUGUGUAUAUGAAAUAACCGAUUUCGAAUUAGCAUCAAACGGAGAAUUGACUGAAAAUGAUAAUGGAGAGAGUGUAGUUCAUAAUUUUUUGGAGUUUUGUAUUGAUACAAAAUAUGAGCUUGGAAAUCGGAAAACUAUCGUCCUCGGUUGUGCUGAUAUAGAGGUCUUACCAACUGAAAGAAGAGAACAUGUACAUGUAGGAAUGAUAAUAUCGAUGCCAUUUUUGAUCGCAACAUUCCUAGUUUACGCACUUCUUCCAGACAAAAAUCUCCCGGCGAAAUCAUUAAUGUGCUACGUUUUAUCUUUAUUGUUUGCUUAUAUAAUGUUGGUAACAAUUCAAUUAAAUUCAAAUUUGGAGCAUGGUGCAUGUGUUACAAUUGCUUACUUAUGCUACUUCUUCUUCAUGGUAUCAUUCUUUUGGAUGAAUUCGAGUUGUAUCGAUAUUUGGUUAACCUUCAGCGGAAUAAAAGGCAUAACCGGACAAAGAACUCAAGAAAGAAAACGUUUUAUUUAUUAUUGUUUAUAUUCAUGGGGUUUACCAUUGAUUAUGACGUCAAUUGUCGUAGUGAUGACAAUGGAGCAUUUGAAAGAUAGCAUUUUCUUCACCGCAAUCGGAGACGGUCAAUGUUGGUUUAAAAAUGGACUCUCAACCGGAAUUUACUUUUACUUUCCCAUAGCCAUUCUUUUAAUAACCAACAUAGUAUUAUUUGCGAUAACCGCUUUAAAAAUUCGCAACGUACAACGCGAUACAAAAGUUUUAAAUGCCAAAGACAGUUCGAAACACGAAAAGGACAAACAAAGGAUUGACGAAUACAAUAGCGAACCCUGCUAUUUAAUUGAACCAGUAAAGAACCGUGGCAUGCAAGUGUACGAUUUUUUGGACGUGGACAAUAGCUGUUUAGGAUUUAACUUAUACAUAAAACUUUUGUUUGCAAUGGGUGUAAAUUGGUCAAUGGAAGUUAUUUCAUGGUUAGUUCAAUGGCAAUCAAACAAUGUUCCAACUUACAUUUGGUACAUAACCGAUUUUUGCAAUGCAAUGUAUGGAGUACUGAUCUUUUUCAUCUUUGUUUUCAAGAAGAAUAUAUGGAUAAUGUUAAAGAAACGAUACUUACAAAUUAUGGGAAGAUCAACUCGAGCACACAGCAUGGGUACCUCCACACAUCGAACUACUCUCUUUACAGCAAUUAGUCUGCAAUCAAUUCCAGGUGCAGGAUUAUUAACAAAAAUGCACUCAACGCCCAACGAUAACCGUAACGAACUGCGUCCUCCGAAGAUACAUUAACCUACAUAUAUAUGGAAGAAACAAAGAUAAAUUUACUAUUAAUUGUAAAAAAUUAUUUAAUUUUUGUUAAGAUGUUAUUAGAGUUGCCUAUAUUAAUAGAAUAGUGAAUUGUUACUUUAGGGGAAAAAUAUGUUGGCUACUGAAAUAAAUAGAGUAAUUUUUAAUUAUGAUUUAAUGAAUUAUGUUGUAGACUAUGACUCUGUUAUGUUUCCUAGUUAAAAAUAAAGAAUAAAACGAGAAAUUUUAUUAUC